AUGGCGGUAAUCACCUUCACGCCGCUCUAUGGCGUGCACUCGACCGCGCCCUGCUGUGCCUACCUGCUUGAGGUGGACGAGGUGUGUAUACUGCUGGAUUGUGGCUGGACAGAUGCAUACGAUGUGGAGCUGCUCAAGCCUCUGCAGCGCGUGGUGGACCGCAUCGACUUGGUGUUGGUGUCGCAUCUGGACUUGGCGCACAUGGGAGCACUGCCAUACGCUAUGGGCAAGUUGGGGCUCAGUGCGCCCGUGUACGGCACGUUGCCUGUGCACCGCAUGGGGCAGAUCGCGCUGUAUGACGCGUUUCAGGCCAAGACGAAGCACGACAGCGACUUUUCACUCUUCUCACUGGACGACGUGGAUCUGGUCUUCGAGCGGUUCAAGCAGCUGAAAUACUCGGAGAAACUGACGCUAACGAGCAGUGGCGAGGGGAUUGUCAUCACGCCUCAUGUAGCUGGUCAUCUGAUUGGAGGUGCGCUCUGGAGGAUCAUGAAGGAGACGGACGAUAUUAUUUACGCUGUGGACUACAAUCACCGCUCGGAGCAUGUACUGCAGAAGACGAUUCUGGACUCGUUCACCCGACCAACGCUGCUCAUUACAGAUUCCAUGAACCUGCAUGCAGAGCAACCCAAGCUCAAGGAUCGAGACAGCAAGGUUCGUUCUUACUGA